AUGGAUCACGAUCCUUUGACAUAGUUCCUGCAUCUUCUCAAAUAGAAGCUAGCAAUCACUGAGAAAUAAUUCUGGGAAUUGAGUAACGAAGAAGGUCAUUCUGCAGAAUAAGAAAUAGAAUUAGCCAAAGAAUUAAUGAUGCAAGAAAGACAUAUUUAAUUGAUUGACUAAACUAUAAGAUUGAGGAAUCAAGAUAAAACAUUGAACUUUGCUUUCCCAAUGAAGUAUGCUAUGAAUUUGAUAUAAAAUCCUGAAAUCAUUGAAGAAUUCAAGCAGUAUAAUAUUAUUGAUGUUUCAGAAGAAUUCGAGAAGAUUAAUCAUAAUACCAUCACAGAAGAGUAAGUUAAAGGCUUUUUGAUUAUGAAAUUUGAUGACACAGCUAGUUAAAAAAGUGAUGCUUGGGAAGAUGAUCUAGGUGAGGUUGUGGAAGUUGAUAAUCAAGAAUUAGAAGCCUUAGAAAAAGAGGUUGAUUAAUAGGAAGAGAAGAUAAUAGAGGAAGAAGAAUAAAUGAUUAAAUAGUAGCCUGAAUUAUUAGAAUAAAUUGAGGAUAAUCACAUUGAUCCUUGUUGGAAAAUAGAUGAAUCUAAGGCUUAAUUAUAAAUACAUAAUAAAGUUAUAUGUACCUUUGCUCAGAAUCCUGUUUCAAAAGAUUUGAUUGCCAGUGGUUCUGAAGAUGAUCAUUUAAAAAUUAUUAAACUUAGUACUCAAAAAGUGAUUUUCGAAAAGAAAUAUGAUGAAACUGUAGGAUUAGUUGAUUUUAAUUAUGAUGGCAAAUAUUUAGCAGCUGGAAUACUGACAGGAAAAAUUUAUAUCUAUUUAUUAAAUGAUAUGAGUGAGAAAAUGCUUGAUGGAAGUUAAACAGAACCAAGUGUAUUGAAAUGGCAUCCAAAAGGAAAUGUUAUUUUGGCAGGAUUCUAAGAUUCUACACUAUGGAUGUGGAAUGGAGUUACUGGUGAAGUAAUGAGUGUAUUUGCUGGUCAUGAGGCAGAAAUUACAUGUGGGGGUUUCACUCUAGAUGGUAAAUUAAUCGUAAGUGGCUCCGCUGAUCAAUCAUUUAGAGUUUGGAAGCCAAGUACUUCUGAAUAAGUUUAUAAAAUAAGUUCAGUUUCACAUAAACAUAAUUAUCAUAAGGAUGAUGUUGUCUGUUUUGUAUAACAUUAUAAAUAACCAAUCAUUGCAACUGGAAGUAGUGAUUCAACUAUUGCAUUCAUCAAUUUCGAGGAUGGAAAAGUUAUUGGCAAAAGUGAUCCAUUAGGAGACAGUAUUGUUGAGUUAUGUUUCAUAGGAACUAAUUAACCUAUUAUUGUUGCUGGAGAUAUGUCAGGUUCUGUUUAUAUUUAUAAUUGGAAUUCAAUGAAAUUAAUUGAAAAACUCUGUUUAUGCAAAAAUUCAAUAACUAAAAUUUUAUUUUAUAAUCAAUAAUUCCACAUCUCAAGUUUAGACGGUAAAAUUGUCACAUUUGAUGUCAGAUAAAUGCACAAUUACAGAGUACUUCAAGCUAAAUCAGGAAUCUAUGAAAUGAUUGUUGAAGAAGGAUGGAUUUUAGUUGGAUGUGAGAAUGGUUUUGUUUAUGUUUAUUGA